UUCAUUCCACUGGGAUGGGCCAUUACUGUUUCCUAAGUCACUGUGUUGUUGUUGUGAAAAGCAACCGAGAAUAGUAAUUUAAUGUGUAAAAAUAUAUUUUAUUUUAAAGUUAGGAUAUAUAUAUAUAUAUAUACAUACAUAUAUACUUCUUGUGUGAUCUCUGUGAAUGAACUUUGAGACUUCACGUAUCAGAUUAGUUAUACUAAUAACGUUAAAUAUUUGUUAUGGAAAGCAGUUUAUAAUAAUUUAGUUUCAGAAUACUAUUAUUACUAGAUUAGUUUCAUGCUAUGGCAUUGACAGCUCAAUCGUCAUCCCAUUCCCAGCCGAGACCUUCUGUGGAGUUUUCACGAGCCGGAAAAGUUUCAGGAGGAACGCCAGGAAAACCGUCUGAGAAGAAGGGAGGUCGGAAAGUCUUGGAUUCCAGCAUUAAUCUAGUGAAGGUGAAGUCUGAAAACACUGAAAAACUGAAACAAGCGGACCAAGGUCGGCCAACCUUACCUUGCAACCUGGAGACCAUUCCUAAAGUGGACUAUUUCCCGUCACAGCGCCACCGCUGGAAUACGAACGAGGAGAUUGCUGCUAUAUUAAUCAGCUUCGAGAGACAUGAGGAUUGGCUCUCCAGAGAGGUAAAGGUUAGGCCCAAGAGUGGUUCCAUGCUGUUGUACAGUAGGAAACGUGUCAGGUAUCGACGGGAUGGCUACUGCUGGAAGAAACGUAAGGAUGGGAAAACAACACGAGAAGACCACAUGAAACUGAAAGUUCAAGGAACAGAGUGUAUUUAUGGAUGUUAUGUUCACUCAGCAAUUCUUCCAACUUUUCAUCGACGAUGUUAUUGGCUUCUCCAGAAUCCUGACAUUGUGUUGGUUCAUUACUUGAAUGUCCCCUACAGCGAUGAUAACAAAAUCCUCAUCUCACCUAAUCUCAGUUACUGCACUGAUAAAAAGGAAUGGACAAAAGAUGAGCUAGUGUCUCAGCUAAAACCUAUGUUAUGUUCACAGAUCAUCAUUAAGGAACAGACUGCAGAAACCGUUGAAGCUAUUGUUCAACAACUUAUGGAGAAGCAGCGAGCCAAGAUGUCAGUCAGAACACAUGAGUGUGUAUGUGACACCAGUACUCCCUCCAAGUCAUCUACUGCCUCGGGAUCAGUGACAGUUGACAAUAAAAAAUGUAGCCACACCUUACAUCGGAUCAUUUCUCCCAAGACCCAGGUAGCAGCAGCAGCUGCUGCAGCAUCCGACGCUAACAACAGUACUGUUGCAGUUUCUGUAACCUCAACAACUUCAGCUCAAACUUCUGUUUCUCAAACAGUUAGUCAGAAAAUAGUUACAAGUAUUAUCCAUGCUACAACAACAGUCAGUACCCCUACAGUCUCUCAACGUUCAAGUGGGGUAAUCUUUGCCACCCCAUGUAAGCCACUAGUACAGAAUGGGACUUCUCGAGAAGCAACAACUCUCUCUGCUACUUCAGGCUAUACAUCUCUGAUCUUAAACCUUUCUCAACUUCAAGGAGGUGGAGGACUUCUAAUUUUAAACAGUGCUGCUGCAGCAGCAGGAAUGGACUUGAAUUCAGCUUCUCUUACUCCUGUGACUCUCUUGUGUGGACAGGAUGCAGGUGCUGCUCUUUUAACUCCUACUACAGCUACUAGUACCCAGAAUUCUAGCUCCAUGGAAACAUCAGACUCUUCAUCGACAUCUACACCCAAACACACAAACUCAAAAGUUAAAUCUUACCCACAAGUCAAAUUGAACAGCUCCUUAAAGGGCGAAGACAUGGACUUUAAUUCAAAUGUAUCUAGUCAUAAGGAUCCAAAUCUAAGUCGGGCUCUUCAUGAUUUCACCCUUGAUCCUGAUGGAAACUUGACAUUGCUACAAGAUCUCCAGAAAGUAACAUCAUCAAACCUUCUCUCCACCUCUCCACCAUUAAUCACUUCUGAUUCUUCAAUUUUAAUCAAAACGGAGCCUAUCAACCACCCAGAUUUAGACCCUGUGGAUCUAAACCCUAUGGACUUUAUUGAUAAUGACCUUUCAACCCCAGAUGAUGAGGUUUUUAACCUUGACACAUUUGACAUGCUCACUGACCUCCCAAACCUAGAGGACCUUCACCCUGACCUAGUGUCCAGCAGUGGAUUGUGUGGAAGCUCACUUGCAAUCUCUGUGUCUAAAAAUCACCACCAGAGUUCCCCAGAUUCACAUCAUACAUCCCAACACAUCACUGACUAUUCUCCUCAUUGGUCUUAUACAGAAGGUGGAGUGAAGGUGUUAAUUACAGGUCCCUGGGAUUCAACAACUUCUGUAUACUCAGCCAUAUUUGAUGGUGUCAGUGUCUCAACGACAUUGGUGCAGAAUGGCGUUCUACGUUGUUUUUGUCCAGCUCAUGAAACUGGUCUAGUGACGUUACAAGUGUCCUGCCAGGGAUUUGUAGUUUCAAACUCUGUGGCAUUUGAAUACCGAAAGAGAAACAUGAUGUAUGUUGCCAAUGAACAGGACUGGUUUUGUGUGGAUGAUCGAGUAUUAAAGUUUUCCUUAUUGGAGCGAUUGGAAAUGCUGGAGACAAGAAUGUUAUUUCAGCCACAGGAGACAGCAGUUUAUCCAGCUGGAAUUUUUACGCAAGGGUGCAGUGAAAAACAGAGAAACUUUGAAGAUCGGUUAGUUGUUUUAUGUCAAAGGCUACUUGUUGGAACUUGGACUUUAGGAAAUGACACAAGUCCCCUGCAAGUCACCUCUCGCUCUGAUCUCACUUUACUUCACUUAGCAGCAGCCCUUGGUUAUAGCAAACUUGUAUGUACUUUGCUGCAUUGGAGAGCUGAAAACCCGUCGUUAAUUCUAGAGUCGGAAGUAGAUGCUCUGAGUCGAGACAAGAACAAGUGUACACCACUAUUGUGGGCUUGUGCUCGUGGGCAUAAAGAGGUGGCAUUGUUGUUGUACCAGUGGAAUGGGCCUGCAGUCAAGAUCCAGGACAGCAUUGGUAAUGACCCCUUAACUAUUGCUCAUCACAAGGGUCAUCAUGAACUAGCUGAGCAAAUCGAACAUUUGGAACAAGCUCAACAGUAUCAAGAAGGUGUUUCAGGGUUUAGCCCUAAGCAUAGCACUCUUUUGGAAAAUCAUUCCAAGUCUACCAUCAGUAGGAUGUCUUCUAUCCCUGACAUGAUAAAGUUUUCAUCCUCAGUGUUACAAGUCCUAAAUCCAUUACCAAAUCUCACUUCUUCCAAGAACACUAAUCAAACAGACUCUCAUAUUCUUCUGACUAAACAGUCUUCUGUGGAUAGCAGUCUCUCUCUUCCAGGACUCACCGCAUCUGGAGAAAUGUCUAAGCGACCCCUUAGCACCAAGAGCUUGUGCAAAGCUCCAUUAUUAUCUCGUAGUGAUCGAAGCCUAUCCUUACCCUUGACGAGCUCCCCCAUUGUAAAAACUUCAAACAUCAGAGAAAAGGAUGGUAUACCGUCACCUGGUCUGAUGGAUACAGGUGAGACAUUGUCCAAUAAUAAGAGUCCUUAUAUAGACGUUGUUGGUGUUUCUGAUGAAGAACAGAAUGUGGUAGCUGUAACAAAAGUUGGCAACAACAUUUCCAACCACCCACAAACCUACACUAAUUGUGAUCUGAACAUGGGCGAUGCAGACAAUCAAGUUUUAAGUCUGGCAGAGAAAAUCAUUGCUGCUAUGCCUGAUCGUAUUAAAGCUUCCUCAGACACUGGUGUACUUGCAGACUUUAUGGAGAUGGAAAGUGAAGGACAUUUACCACAGGAAGAUAGUGGAAUCUCUGAAAACCACUGCAAUCAAGAUAAAUCCUCAGUGGAACUGUGCCCUGUGGAUGAACCCCCUCCUCCUCUGUUGAGCGAAGAGUUUAAUUUUGAGUUCAGUGACCACCAGUACAGAUACUGUGAUGCUGGUACCCCGAACUCUUCCUUAAGUCCCACUUCUUCAUCUCUUCAAAGUCCAGCAAGCUUCACUUUGGAGUCAUGCUCACCACCACCCACCACUGCAGACUUUUGUGAAUUUUUCCAAGCCUCUGGUAAAAUUAUGGAGAGAGAUUUUUCGAACUUAACACUUUCGGAUCAUGAACAAAGAGAACUUUAUGAAGCAGCCAAGAUUAUCCAGAAAGCUUAUCGCUCCUACAAAGGUCGCAAACGUCAGGAGGAGCAGGAAAAAGAAAAAGCUGCAGCGAUUCUAAUUCAGAGUUAUUAUCGUAGAUAUAAACAGUACCUUUACUACAAAGAGAUGACUAGAGCAGCUCAAGUGAUACAGAACCAGUACCGUAACUACUGCGAACACAAGAGAUUCAAGAAAAGUCAAGGAGGAGGAAUCUUAGCAGGUUCUAAUGCCAGCUCUAGCGGUCUUCAGGGGACUUCUAGUCCCAGUCUUCAGUCUUUCUACAGAACAAUGGGAGAUGGAGACAGUAGACGGCCUAGUUGUAGUCGAGAAGGAACCCCAACAUCAGUCUUUAAACGCACCUACUCCCAGAGAAGACAACAUCAAGCUGCAAGAAAAAUUCAGCAGUUCAUGAGACAAUCCAAAAAUAAUGUGUGGGACUUGUGGCACGGGAGAGCGGUUACAGAGAGAACGUGCAUUAGCUGCAGAAAAAGAGAGGCUACGGGGGGAAGUAGUGGGCCAGCAGCUACAGCUCCCAAGAUCUCGGGAACAGCCUUCUAAUAGAAAACCGUCAUGAAUGUUCUACUUAAAGCAGAGCAAGAAGGCAAUUGAAUAGGUCAAGAUCUAACUGCACUGUUGGACAUGUAGUAAUUACUACGUGAAGAUGGCCAACCCUAAACAUAAGACAUGUAUUCAACAAUACAUGAUAGGGAGCUUACCUCCAUCUAGAUGGAUAAUUUCUACUUCUAAGAUUAAGGGUAAAAGUACAGUAUGUUUCCUCUAUUUGCUCACCUUUCUUCAUCCUUCUUCUCUCUUUCCUAAUCUCGCCAACCAACAUCAUCAUAGUGUAAUGUUACUAAUGUUUUGGGAGCAGGAUUGACUGGUUUUUCCUUAAGCCUUUGGCAACAAACUUGUACUGUUCUGGAAACUUCUGGGCUCAUUAAUAGUGAGUGAAUAUAGUUAUUGGUUUUGUUCUUCCUCUCUGUUUGUUUUCUCUUUAUUUUAAAGUUUCGUAUUUAUUUGAGAGUAUAUGGGACAGUGGCAUUUAGAUCCUCUGCAUUUCUAAAUAAAUUUCUUUGGAUACUUUUUAUAAUUUUUUUUAUAUUGUAUAAUUUUUGAAAACCUUGCUUGCUUAUACAAAACUAAAUUUCUUUAACUUAUUUACUGUAAUCAUGAUCAUUGUUCCCUUUAUGUAAUCUAAUAUUUCUGAAACCAGCAACAGUUUUGUUCAGAAUUGAACCUUUCUUAGCAAACGUUCUAUCUCAUUACUAGCUCUAACAAAAAGAUGUGUUGUAAGGGAGGAAAGUCAGGAACUUGUGAGUGCCAAGUUAGUGUUUUCUUGUACAUUUUAGUGUAAAACCUUUUUUUUUAAAGUCUGUUAACUACAUGUAACUGAUACAUUUUGGAAUUUUUUCAUACAUGUAUAUUAUGCACUUUAUAUUUUUGCACUAAUUUAAUUUCAGUGUCUUAACAUGAAAUUACCUACACUUAGCUACUUAUGUUUGUUGUUUUAUAUUCAUUUUCCUACAAAUCAAACAAUUUGAAAAUAUUUUGACAAAAAUAAUUUUCUGAUGUAUUUGAUCUGUGUAUUAUCUAACAAAAAAAAAAGUCCAAUUUAUUAAAUUUUUAAGAAUAUAGAAAUUAAUUUGUAAAGAACAGUGUAGGUAAAAACUUGUUAAAUCUUAAGUAGCUCAAAAGCAUUGUUUUUCCUUUGAUUUUUUUCUGACUUGUGAAUUUGCGAAGUUUACAAUGGUCAGAGGUCAAA